UUCUCAUUACCUUCAAAAACUUGUUAAUCACAAUCACUCUCCUCAAACUACUGAUGGUAAUGUCGCAAAUGCUAUAGCUCAUAUUAAAAAGCAAGCUAAAGAAACUAGAGAAUUAUCUGUACAGAUUAUUCAAAGCAAUAUAACUACUAUCUUCGAAAAAGUUUCUACUUACAUGCCAACACAAAAUGCUCUUCAUGCAAGAAUCAAACACGUUAGAAAAGCUGAAAUGCUAUCUGAAUCACAAUCUCUUGAUGGAAUUGAUAUUCAAGAUUCCCUUCAGUAUACAUUAAUAGGAAAUCCUGAAAUAUUGAUUAAUGUUAUACUCAAAGUUUCAGGAUUUCGUACCUUUCAGGAUAUCAUAUUAGACUCUUUUUAA